AUGUUCGGUUCCGACGAUUCCGGCUGCCAUGUGAUGGACGACGACGUGGCGCCGCCAGCAAACGGUUCCAAGGCGGUGACCCUGCUGCUGCGCCUGAUCACGCUGGCCCUGGCGCUCACCUCGGCGGUCCUCAUGGCCACCGCGAGCGAGUGCACCAUCUACGGCCUCGACGGCGCCACGGCCACCACCGUCACCUUCAAGGACUACCAGCCCUUCAUAUACCUUGUAGGAUCCAACAUUGCAGCGACGAUCCUGGAGGUGGCCGCGAUCUACGUGCAGGUCGGCAAGGGCGACGACGUCGAGGAUGCGCCUAUGAUCCCCCGUGUCGUCCUGGUCGUCGUCGACGUCGCCGUGCAGAUGCUGCUCUACUCGGCCACCGGCGCGGUGUUCGCGGCGGUGAUGGCCUACGGCCCUCAGAUCAGCGCCUGCACCGGCGCCGCCGGGCACUUCUGCGAGCAGGUGCAGAGGUCCAAGAUCAUCUCUUUGGCCGCCAGCCUCUCCGCCGUCCUUGCCGCCGUCGCAAAGGACGUGGCGCUGCCCUGCUCAGUGUGGCCCCAUCCGUCAAGCUAG